CUUGUCCACACCUUGAACUCUUUCGUGCCAAAGUACAAAGUUUGUACAAUAACAUUCAUACUAUCUAUCUAUCACCUCUCUCUCAAACCUAAACAUUCACACAAUUUUGAUUCUACUAUUUUCUAGUUAUUUUUCUCUAGAGUCAUCAUUUACCACUUUAUUAUUACAACAAUGAGCAACAUUAAGAACAAAACAGUGAGAUUGUUCAAGCAAAUCAUUCCCGGUUUAGCCUCAAAAACUAUAGCUUUAAAAUCCAAAACAAACGCCAUCAAAGCUCGGUUAAUCCUAUUCUCUUUCAUGAAGAAUAAAAAGCUCGUCAUGAGUUCGAUAUCCGAGAAAUUUCACUCUCUUUGGGGGAACCAUCCUCAUCAUUCCAAGGAAGAUUGCUUACUUGAAGGUGGUGGGAAUUGUGAUUAUCAUGAUAGAGCUAUAGUUGUUUACAACAAAAAUGCUCACACUUACGGAGCGUUGCAAAAUCCAAAUGAAUUAGAACAAGAAGAUGGAUAUGGUUAUUACUAUGAGGAUGAUGAUGAUAAGUAUCCAGAUUUGACUCACAAUCUUUUUGAUUCUGAGGGUUUGGAUUUUGGAGGAUCGGUGAUCGAUAGGGUGAAGAAUUGUAAGGAAGAAGCAGGGAAAGAGUUUAAACUUGAGGAUGAUAUUGAUGAAGUUGCUGAUCUAUUUAUCAGAAGAUUUAGGAGGAAUAUAAUCUUGCAGAAACAAGAUUCUUUGAAGAGGAAGAGGGAAGUUGAGCAAAAUGGUGCCUGAAUUUCGAGUUCACUCGAGUUCAACAUCUCUCUCAUUGAUUAAUCUAGAUAGUCUGGCAUUAAUGGAUAAUCUAGAUGCGAUUGUAUGUCUGUGUACUCCAAGUAAUAAGGGGGAUUGGUGGAGCAUGAGAAGUUUUCCUCAAAGAAGCACUCAUAUAGCACACCUUUGAAGGUGAGGGGGGAUAAAAACGUGAUUGUUAGGGUUGUUUGUUGUUGUUGUUCCAUGAGUUCUUGUCAUAAAAGAUGGAAUUUUUAUUGGUGUUUU